UGCAUUUUUGAGUGUUUUUUCUUCACAUUUUCCAAAUAAAUAUUCAGAUUUGCAUGUCGUUGCAUCUUAAAAGCAGGAACUUUCGUUGAUUUGUGACAAAGAUGACGUUUAUAUUCUGCUUCACCACAUUCCCAACAGACAAACAUCCAGUGCAUUUUGUUUGUUGAGUCUGUUGAUGGAGGUAAUCGUUUUUAUAAUUUCAUACACGAACAGUUAUUGUUUAUUUCCCUCUUUGUAUCAUAAAAUUGUAUUUCUAAGGGCGGAAGUUACAUUUUCGGGUAUUUUCUCUCCAAUUUUAUUUAGUUUGGUGCCCCAGUUUGGUGAAUCUUAAUAAUGCGUCCAAAUGUGCGCACACCUGUUUCCUGAUUUAACUUCCAGCUGACCACUUACUUGGUAGACCUAACCUCUCCCCUGCCGGAGGUCUACACGGGCGGCCUCCCCGCCCCUCCUCGUUCCGGUACCGGUCCGUGUGGGGUGUGCCUCGGUGUGUUGGGCUGCGGGCUGUGCCGGUGCGCAGAGACCGUGCGCUCCUAGCGGCCGCGCUGUUCAAACCCAAACGCAGAGGAGAGGGGAGGACGUCCAACUGUAGAGUGGUUUCACGUCCACAGCGGCUCACAUGGCUCGCGUGAGCGCUGCUUCCACCCUGGUGAGAAUAAACCAACUUUUAGGGGGGAGCGCGUGAGAGUUAACGGCUGCUUUCCCGGUUCCCGGUUGGCUGAACUAUGGAGACGUCGCUGUAAGAUCUGAAAGGUGCCAGAAACACUUCUCCGGGAAAGCGGGGACCUGCAGCGGACUUUUUCUGUAUGGGCUGUCCAGCAGGUCCUCUCGGGAGAGACGGCGGAGCGCGCGGGGCAGACUCCGGUAGUCCUCACAGACGCACCGAGUUUGGAUUGGAGGUUGUUUUUUUUUCUGGAUGUUUAAACCCCGAGCAGCUCCGGGCGACUGCUGUUUAAUGGAUCUUCUCCGUUUUUGGACACUGAAACUGGCUUUUGUCAGUAAGUAGGACGUCAGGACCUGUCCACCGGUCCCCUAGCGAGGACACUCAGCCCGUAAUCUGGACUCACGUCUCCGCCGUGAAUUAGAGGAUCGCGCGCCGCCGUGGAUGAUUUAAUAUGCUACCAUGGGUCCGCUAGCAGUCGUCCUUGUUGGUGGAUUACUGUGCUUUCAAGUUAAUGGAUCCCGUCAGCGCCAGGAGGACUCCCCGCCCCGGAUAGUGGAGCACCCCUCCGACCUGAUUGUAUCCAAAGGGGAGCCUGCCACUCUCAACUGUAAAGCAGAAGGGAGGCCGACCCCUACGGUGGAGUGGUACAAGGAUGGAGAGCGGGUGGAAACGGACAAAGACGAUCCGCGCUCUCACCGCAUGCUGCUGCCCACUGGCUCGCUUUUCUUCCUUCGCAUCGUUCACGGACGACGGAGCAAACCGGACGAGGGGGCCUACAUCUGCGUAGCCCGGAACUACCUGGGAGAAGCUGUCAGCCGUAACGCGUCGUUGGAAGUAGCAUUGCUGCGAGACGACUUUAGACAAAACCCUACUGACGUGGUGGUGGCGGCGGGAGAGCCGGCGAUCCUUGAAUGUGUUCCUCCUAGAGGCCAUCCUGAGCCCACCGUCUACUGGAAAAAGGACAAGACGCGAAUGGAUGACAAAGACGAAAGAAUAACUUUUCGAGGAGGGAAGCUUAUGAUCUCCAGCACGAGAAAGAGCGACGCUGGCAUGUACGUCUGCGUGGGCACCAACAUGGUCGGAGAACGGGACAGCGAAACCGCACAAGUGACAGUCUUUGAGCGACCAACCUUCCUCAGGAGGCCCAUCAACCAGGUAGUUCUGGAGGAGGAGACGGUGGAGUUUCGCUGCCAGGUGCAAGGAGACCCCCAACCCAACGUACGCUGGAGGAAAGACGACAUUGAGGUUCCUCGAGGGAGGUAUGAGAUUAAGUACGACAAAGAAGACUACGUUCUGAGGGUGAAGAAAACCUCGGUUAAUGACGAGGGCACCUUCACCUGUGUGGCAGAAAACCGAGUGGGCAAGCUGGAGGCCUCUGCCUCUCUCACAGUCAGAGCUCCACCUCAGUUUGUCAUCCGUCCGAGGGAUCAAAUCGUGUCGCAGGGUCGUACUGCCACCUUCCCGUGUGAAGCCAAAGGAAAUCCUCAGCCUGCUGUUUUCUGGCAGAAGGAGGGAAAUCAGAAUUUGCUCUUUCCAAACCAACCCCAGCAGCCCAACAGCCGCUUCUCGGUGUCGCCCAGCGGAGACCUCACCGUCUCCUCCGUGCAGCGAGGCGACGCCGGCUACUACAUCUGCCAGGCCCUGACGGUAGCCGGCAGCAUCCUCGCUAAGGCUCAGCUGGAGGUCACGGAUGUGCUCACAGACAGACCUCCACCCAUUAUUCGCCAAGGCCCCUCCAACCAGACGCUCGGGGCGGAUGGUGUGGCCCUGCUGAAGUGCCAGGCAGCUGGAGACCCCAUCCCGUCCGUCAGCUGGCUGAAGGACGGCGUCAGUCUGCUGGGAAAAGAUUCCCGGAUGUCCCUGCAGGAGCUGGGCAGCUUGCAAAUCAAAAAUAUCAAGCUUUCUGACUCUGGGAUCUACACAUGUGUGGCCACCAGCUCAAGUGGAGAAACAUCAUGGAGUGCCUUCUUAGAAGUCAAAGAAUCACAAGGAGGGAUAGUUGCAAAGAACUUUGAUGAGAAUGAGCUUCCAGGUCCACCGUCCAAGCCUCAAGUCACUGAUGUCACCAAGAACAGCGUGUCCUUGUCCUGGCAGACUGGAAUGACUGGAGCAUCACCUGUUGCUUCUUACGUCAUUGAAGCAUUCAGUCAGUCGGUGAGCAACAGCUGGCAAACUGUCGCCGAUCACAUCAAAACCACUCAGUUCACCGUCAAAGGUCUUCGUCCCAACACCAUCUACCUGUUCAUGGUUCGAGCCGUCAACGUCCAGGGCCUGAGUGAUCCAAGCCCAAUGUCUGAGCCAGUCAGAACACAAGAUAUCAGCCCUCCAGCUCAGGGUGUCGACCACAGACAUGUGCAGAAGGAGCUUGGUGAGGUCAUCGUUCGAUUGCAUAACCCCGUGGUUCUGAGUCCCACAACCAUCCAGGUCACAUGGACGGUGGAUCGUCAAUCCCAGUUUAUCCAGGGUUACAGAGUUCUGUACCGGCAGACAUCAGGGCUGCCUUCGCCUGGACAGUGGCAGGCUCAGGAUGUGAAGGUUCCUUCGGAGCGCAGCAUCAUCCUUGCAUCGCUCAAGAAAGGGAUUGUUUAUGAAAUCAAGGUGCGGCCAUAUUUCAACGAGUUUCAAGGCAUGGACAGUGAGUCCAGGACAGCACGGACCUCGGAGGAAGCUCCCAGCGCCCCUCCCCAGCAGGUAACAGUCCUGACUGUGGGAAACCAGAACAGCACUUCUAUUAGCAUCUCCUGGGACCCCCCUCCACCGGACCACCAAAAUGGCAUCAUCCAGGAGUACAAGAUCUGGUGCCUGGGGAAUGAGACGCGUUUCCACGUGAACAAGACCGUGGAUGCAGCCAUCCGCUCCGUGGUGGUGGGCGGGCUGCAGGUGGGAGUGGUGUACCAUGUGGAAGUGGCUGCCAGCACAAGCGCUGGAGUCGGAGUCAAGAGCGAACCUCAACCUAUUAUCAUCGGUAAAGAGUUCCGGGACGUGAUCAUACACGGAAACCGGAACAACAGCAUCACAGAACAGAUAACCGAUGUGGUCAAACAGCCUGCUUUUAUCGCCGGGAUCGGAGGGGCCUGCUGGGUCAUCCUCAUGGGUUUCAGCAUCUGGCUCUACUGGAGGAGGAAGAAGAGAAAGGGUCUGAGCAACUACGCAGUUCAGUCCUUCACCUUCACCCCUGCAGUGACGUUCCAGAGAGUCGACGGUGGUCUGAUGAGCAACGGGAGCAGGCCGGGCCUGCUCAACGCCAGUGACCCAGGCUACCCCUGGUUAGCAGACUCUUGGCCAGCCACCAGCCUGCCUGUCAACAGCAACUCCGGGGGACCGAACGACCUCAGUAACUUUGCUCGAGGAGAUCUUCCCGUUGGACAAGGGGAUAAGACGGGCACCAUGCUCUCCGAUGGAGCCAUCUACAGCAGCAUAGACUUUACUACCAAAGCCAACUACAGCAGUCCUGGUCAAACCUCCCAAGCCACUCCGUAUGCCACCACUCAAAUUCUCCACUCCAGCAGCAUCCACGAGCUGGCCGUGGACCUGCCCGAUGCCCAGUGGAAGGCCUCGCUGCAGGCUAAGCAGGAAAUGGCCAACCUGGGCUAUUCUCUGCCCGACAAAAACUCCUGCAACAACACCCUCCUUUUCAUUCCCGACUACCGAUUGGCCGACGGAUUGUCUAAUAGACUCCCGCACAACCAAUCACAAGAUUUCAGCACCACCAGCUCUCACAACAGCUCAGAGCGAAGCGGCAGCCUCUCAGGCGGAAAGGGAGGAAAGAAGAAAAAAACCAAGGCUGGCUCUAAACCCACUAAAGCUAAUGGGUCCAGCUGGGCCAAUGUUCCCCUUCCCCCUCCUCCUGUUCACCCGCUGCCUGGUACUGAGAUGGACCUUUAUCCCAACGAGCACCACGAAGGAGGAGGGUACGAGAGUGACACUUGGGGGCCACCCAUGCCUGUGCAGACAUACCUUCACCAGGGUAUGGAGGAUGAGCUGGAGGAAGAGGAGGAAAGAGUCCCCACCCCACCCAUCCGAGGGGUUGCCUCCUCCCCAGCUGCCGUAUCAUUUGGACAGCAGUCCACAGCCACCCUUACUCCUUCUCCUCGGGACGAGAUGCAGCCAAUGCUCCAGGCCCAUCUGGACGAGCUGACCAGAGCGUACCAACUGGACAUGGCUAAACAGACGUGGCACAUCCAGGGAGGCUCUCUCCCUCCUCUGGCUCCUGCUCCACCGGUGGGCUACGUGUCAAGCACAAUGGUUUCCGAUCUGGAGACUGACCUGCCUGAUGAAGAGGACGACGACAACGAUGAGGAGGAGGAUGAGGGCUACGGAGCCAGGCAUCCCCGUGGUAUUGAGCACACACCGGGGUCUAGCAUAGACAACCUGGACAGCUCUUUGACAGGGUCCAUGGUGAAUGGGUGGGGCUCGGCCUCGGAGGAAGAACAUAAUUUUUCCAGCCAUAGGUCCAGUCUGGGGAGUUCCUCCGAUGGCUCCAUCUUUACCCACUGCAGCUUUGCCCAGGCUCUGGUGGCUGCUGCAGACAAAGCAGGCUACCGUCUAGAGGGUACCAGCCUCAGCAAGAGAGGUAAAGGCUUGUCCCACAGGCCCCGGCCCAUCAGUCCAUUUUCAACAGACGGCAGCACAGUCGGCACACACAGUCUUGGCCACCAGAGGGCCACCAGGCCCACACGCAAACCACGAAGUCAGGGCACAACACCCCACCGGAGAGACGCUGGUGCAGAUGACCUACCUCCUCCCCCAGAGCCUCCUCCCUGGCAGGGGCAGGGCCGUAUCCAAGGGGCCCGCAGUGUUAGCAGCAUGGCACCACCUACUGAUAAGAAAGCUUCUUCUCUGGAGCGCACACCUUUGUCAGGACCCUCGUGUGGGCCAGAUGACAUGAGGAGCUCCGUUGAUAGGCAGAUGAGGACCUCACUGGAACAUCAUCGCCAGGCUCAAGACAGGCUUGGCUCCGUGGAACGAGCAGAAGAUGGACACUGGGGACACAAAUCAGAGGAUGGGUGCUUGCCAUACAGCAGACCUUCCUUCCCAUCACCUGGGGGUCACAGCUCAUCUGGCACAGCCUCCUCUAAAGGCUCGACGGGACCUCGGAAGUCCGAUGGUCCGCGACAGCCACAGCAGUGGACCACCACCGAGCACGCCGAGUUCCUGGGAGCCAACGGACAAGGACAGUACACAGGAGAGUUAUAGUGAUUUCCCCGCUGUGUGAACUGGAAACUGCCCUCCCUGACGGGGCAAUGAACUUUGACCUUAACCUGCGUGCUCUCUGAGAGGGAGGUGUUCGCAGAACGAGAACCGCAUAGAGAAGCGGUGUCACAGAACUGUAAAUGUGAUGUAAAGACGCAGACAUGCUGUACAUCUCACUAUGUUUUUGUCCUCAAGAAAAUAAUUUUCACCUCCUACCUUACUGUAAUUUUCUUUUUUGUUAGAAAAAGUCAAGUAAAAAGAAAAAAAGAAAAUGUCUGUAUGAGAUUUUUUUUCUUGUACCUGCCCUUAUGGAAAAAGGGGGUUUUGUUUCCUGUAAAUAUUUUCUUUAACAUGUUGUUGCAUUGCUAUGCAAACCUAACUGAGUUUGAGCUUUUUAAUUUCCGAAUACAGGAACAAUUGCGUUUAAUUUGGUUAUUUGUAUUAUAUGUGAAUUAAGUGGCUUUUGUGCCAUAAGAUAAUUGUUUUAUAAUCCAUUGUUUGUUGAUAGUUACCAUUAAUUAUUAUUAUCAUUAUUAUUAUUUUAUUAUUAUUAAUAAUUAUUGUUUUUUGCACUGCAAUUUUGGUGAUAAGCACAAAAACAUAGCUCCUGCUGACAUGAAGAACCGGACGAAUAUGUGAAGAGGAGUUUCUGUACUGUAAAGUAAAGAGAAGAAAAUAUAUUCUAGUGUACAGAGAGAUAUUAAAGAGUUAAGCUUUUCUCACAGACAGCAACAAAUAUGGUGCCCGUUUUCACAGCUAAGACGAAUUUGGUGGCAUACACACGAAGUCCUGGGGGUGUGAUGGGCAGAAAUGAGGCCAGCUGACGGAAAACGAAUUCUGUCCUAACUUUCUGUCCCACAAUAACAGUCUACGGUUUAGACAACAAUCUUAAAGGGUUUACAUUGGAUUUUUAUGUUUUUACUUCUUAAAUAAUUUUUCAAACCUUGAGUUUAUGCUCCUGUUAAGUAAAGAGACAAAUUAAACAUCCAGAUGCAAGAAAGGGUGUUAAAAUUCUGUAGAUAAAGUACAAUGCGUACAAUUUUUACGAUGAAAUAAUAACUAAACAGUCUAAUGUCUCAAUUGUGUUGAAAGGGUGGUUACACUGAAACAGAUGUUAGUCUCAGCCGGCUGGGGUUUUGUCAGUUUUUCUGCUUUCCAAAAGGCUAAAGAGGGAUAUAGUCUUUGUUUACAAUCUGAAAGCCUGUGGAGUUGUCGAGUCUGUACGAGCUAAUGCUGCUGCACCGGCAUUGUUAUUCCACACCAGCAGGCAAAAAGCUCCAAAGUUGUUUGAACAUUGGAAGCCAGUAAACAGAAGUGAACCAGGCGUUAUUUCUUGCACCCUUGAGAAGCCACGGCAUCUUUUGUUUUACUCUAAUAUCGGGUAAAGCAAGCUAGUGGCUAACGUUGAGCUAACGGUGAAUUAGAAGCUUACAGUCUAAAAAAAAUCUAAAGCUACUUUUUCAGUUAGCAACAACUCGAUAUUACAGUGAAAUGUAUUAAUCUACUCACCAACUUACUGUGUCUGACUCGUCAUCAUCAUCUAGAAUCUUCUGGUGCUGAUUCUUGGCAGGCAGCAGCCACAAAACUCACGGAACGGGAGUGGGAAAGUUAACUCGUGUGUUUUGAAAAUGGGCUGCAGUAACCAAAUUUGACCACAGGAUGUCAUUCCUUAUUUUUUCUUACAUAAUGUAUCUUUAAAGCACUUAGAGGCAAAGAAAAUGGUUUUAUUGUAAUUGGUGGCAAUAAAACUUGUUAAUUUACUAAAAAUAUCAGUGAAGCCGUUUGAAUUGUGGUUAUUUUUCACAGGUCCUUUGCUUUUAAAAGCACUUAUAAUUGAAUGCCUUUAUUAUCUGUGGCAGCCUUUUGAGUCAUCCAUCUGUUGGAUCUAGAUGGGUUCAUUAAAACAAGAUCUUUUAAACUCUGUUGUUGAAACUGAACUUUCAGCACUGUCUCGUCUCAGAAACUUUAAAAAUGCAACUCGUGCUGUAGCUUUCAUCAGGAGAGAUUACAGAGAAAAGCCAUGAGUGUUAUUAGCCAACGGGUCCACUGCCUCCAUGUCUACAGCCACAGUGUGGGGCGAAACACUUUCUAUCUGCCUGACUGCCACAAAACACUCGUAUCAUCCGACGCUUUCCUCUUCACAGCCUCUGAUUAGAUUUUUUUUUAAAUCAUUUACAACAGUGUCCUUUUUUAAUGCAAAGCUUGUUUCUUUGCAUGCCUUUUAUGGACUCCCGAGACGCUGCUCACAAUGUUUUCAAUUGUAAUGUUCAAGAUUUUAGUGGUUUAAUGACAGUUUUGUCUUUUCUUUUUUGUACUGCUAAUGUCGAUGGGGGUGGGGAAACUAAAGGCCAUCAAAUGCUGUCAUAUUGUUGUCGUCAUGCCAUCCUCUUUAUUUUAUUUUAAACCAUCCACCCAGUGGCCAGUGUUCUGGAAAUGAGGUGCAAAGAGUAUCUCAGGUUAUUUUACAUUCUGGUGGUUUUAUGUAUGUGUAUAUAUGUGUAUAUAUCCACACACAGCUCCACUUGACUAUGCCAUUCCAUUUUCAUUUCCCUCUCACGUUGGAUUCUGUCCCCCCUUUUUUUUUGUUUUUUUAUUAUUAAUAAUUUAUCUGCUGUGGAUUUUGAUUCUCAUUACAACAUGCUGGUUCAUCCACCUUGAGACAAGAUGUCAGUAAAAGAACAAACCAAAUUGAAAUGGAUAUUUCUAAUGUCUAAUGUGUCUCCCAUUGUUUUGCUUUAAAUCACAGUGUCGUUUUGUAUUUAUUAAAAUGAUAAUAAAGGUAUAUUGUGAAAUAUGCAUAAAAAAUU